AUGUUUGAUGACGCUAAGUUUGAGAGUGCAGAUGUAAGUAUGUCAAGUGAACUCGCCAUCACCUAUAGAUUGCUUCGUAAUGACGACAUUAAUGACGUCAUCGAGCUACUAGUUGAACAUUACAUGCCGUAUGAACCGUUGUCGAAAUGUCUUAACAUGACGAAAGAAGAGAUGCGCUUGUACGCCGAUGAGGCAGUUAGGGAGGUGAUACCCGCAGGUAUUAGUAUAGGUGCGUUCGAUGACAUUAGGAAGACAGUUUGCGGGGUAACGUUUGGAACCCUGGACCCACACCAGAACCUCGAUGCUAAACAUGGUAGCCGUGAAGUUCCAGUGAAAGUUGAAAUUCUGCAAAGAUUUGAAGAAUGGGCGGAAUCAACUUUAUCUACCGACCUCGGCAGUACUAACUUCGUGAUUGCGGAUCUUCUCGUCGUUUCAUCGGAAUAUUCAAAUCGAAAAAUUGCCACCGAACUGUCGAAACGGCAAAUGAUUCUAUUUGCGGAACUUGGGUUUGAUUUCUCCGUUGGAUUCGCAACUUCAGAAAAGUCAUUAAUGAUUGAUAAGAAGAUUGGAUAUAAAUGUGCAAGGAAAAUUAACAUGCUGAGCUACAGGGACUCGGACACUGGUGAAACUGUGUUUGCUCAAGCGGAACUGAAACAUAAUUGCGUCCACGUGAUGUACAAGGACCUCCGAGAAAUACGUUCAAAGAAAUUAAAUAGCUUACUUUAAUUUUGUGCUGUUAACCGUAUAUGUUGCUGCUUGUUUGGUAAAUUGUUUAUUGUUUAGACAAAAACAGAUUACAAAAUUGUUUCCUUCAUUUGCAGCCGCGAUUGAAUUCGUUACAGGCUGUUUGUUUUCUGUUAUACUAAUUUGGUGUAACGUUAAAAUGCUAAUAUUUUCGACCUCUACAUAUUAUUUGCAAUUGCCGUAUCAUUUUUGAAAUCUCGUAUCCAACUUUUUAAAAGUCCUAUACGGCUAUGGAUCAGAGCCAUAUGAAUAGCAAGUAGGCCAAAACUUUGUUACGUAAAAGGAAAUUGAACGCCAAUUUUUGUGCAAAAUAACACAGCAGGUAUAUGAAAAAUGCAUGUUUUUCGGCAAUUCAAAGAAAAACUUUAACUUAACCACAAAACUUAAAGUAUGAGAGUCUAAAAAACAUGGGUAGUUAUAAUUUUUUUUGUAUCGAAAAAAGUCAAGAGCGGGAUUUAGAAGAAGUAAAUUUAAUCAUUGUUUA